AUGCUGUGGGUCUACAAUGUUGGAACUUCAGUUACCCUACUAACGCUGUCUCUGUCCUGGCUUUCUCUCUCUCACUGUUUCGCUUUCACUCACUCUCUCCCUCUCUCUCGCUGUUUCGUUUUCCCUCUCUUUCACCUGCGAUUUCUCUCUCUCACUCGGUGUUUGGCUUUCUCUCUCUCUCUCUCUCUCUUUCGCUUUCGCUUUCUCUCUCUUUCAUUCGCUUUCAUUUUCUCUCCCUCACCCGGUUUCGCUUUCUUUAUCUCUUUCUCUUCCAGUUUCGCUUUCUCUCUCUCUCUAAAAUUUCGCUUUAUCGGAUUCGUUUUCUCUCUAUCUCACUCUCUCUCUCUCUCUGUUUUGCUUCCUCUUUCUCUCACUCUCGAUUUCGAUUUCUUAUUCUCUCUCUCACUUUCCCUCUCGGCUUCACUUUCUUUCCAUCAGUCUCGCUUUCUUUCGCUCGGAUUCGCUCUCCCUCUCUCGGAUUCGCUUUCUCUCUCUCGCGGUUUUGCCUUCUCUAUCUCUCUCGGUUUCGCUUCCUCUCUCUAUUGGUUUAAUCUUCUCUCUCUCUCUCUUGAAAUUCAUCUUCUGUCAUUUUCUCUAAGUCAGAAUUUUUCCUUCUGUCACUCUCGGUUUCACCAUUCCUCUCUCGGUUUCGCAAUCUCUAUCUCGGUUUUCGUCUUUUUUUUUUUCUCUCUAACACUGACAUCAAAUCUCUCUUCUCAGUGUCAAUCCCGUCUUCAAAGUAUUUCUGUCUCCCUCUCCCGCGUCUCUUUCCCUCUCUCUCUCUUUUUUCUCUCGGUCUUUUUUUAUCUAGUUUUUUUUCUCUCCCUCUCCGAAUUUUUCUGUCAUUCUCUCCCUCUCGUCGCUGUCGUUCUCUCUUUUUCGUUGCUGUCUCUUUCUCUCUCUCUCUUUGGUCGUUUCUCUCUCAUCGUUUUAAUCUUUAUUUCCCCCUCUAUGCUUAUCUCUCUUCUAAUUUCUUUUCUUGAGAAGUGCUAA